AUGUCUAGUCGCCUCCUUCACCCGGAUGAGUAUGAGCUGGAGGCUCGAUCCUCCGUGGAUUCCCAGGGGACGUUCGACCUCGAUGAGGCCGACUUCGAAUCGCAAAUCCCUCCUCGUUCGCGGCGGUUCCCCAUCGGCCGAUUUCCAUUCUUGUCGCGGCUGUUCUCCUCCACAUUCUCGGGCUAUCGCCGCCUCAAACCCUCACGCCCGCUCCUCUCGGCUUCCAGCAGACCCAGUUGCUAUCGCCGCCUCCUCCUUCGUCGAUCCUGUUUCUUCCUUCAUGCUUUCGUGGGCAUCAUCCUUGCGUUGCUCAUCCUGACGUCCAUCCUUCGUCCGUCUUACACCCGACCGCCCCCGCAUUAUGUGGCGCUGCGGGAUUCCGUAUCGCAGUCGCAGUCGCCAAGUGGUCGGGGCAAUCCUCGCAACGAGAAGGUUUUCAUCGCGGCGAGUUUAUACGAUUCACACGGUGAACUGGCUGGGGGAGAAUGGGGGACGAGGCUUCUCCGGCUCAUCGAUCUGCUUGGGGAGGAGAAUGUCUUUGUGAGCAUCUAUGAAAACGACAGCGGGGCGGAGGGGGAGAGCGCGCUGCGGGGGUUGGAAGAUCAGAUUCCGUGCAAUAGCUCAAUCGUGUUUGAGGAGCAUUUCGAUCUGGAUAGUCUGCCCCGGGUGACCAUUCCGGGAGGCUCUGCAAGGGUCAAGCGCGUGCAAUUCUUGGCCGAGGCCCGGAACCGAGCCUUACGACCGUUGGAUGAGUCCGACCAGCGUUACGACAAACUCCUCUAUCUGAACGACGUGAUCUUUGACCCGGUCGACGCCGUUCAACUGCUCUUUUCGACCAACGUCGACGACAAGGGCAUCGCGCAAUAUCGCGCCGCCUGCGCUGUGGACUUUCUCAAUCCGUUCAAGUUCUACGACACGUAUGCCACGCGGGACCUGCAAGGGUACCGCAUGGGUCUCCCUUUUUUCCCGUGGUUCUCGACCGCCGGCGACGCAAAGAGCCGCAAUGACGUGCUGGCCGGGAAGGAUGCUGUGCGGGUUCGCAGUUGUUGGGGAGGCAUGGCGGCCUUUGACGCGCGGUAUUUCCAGCGGCGGGGAGAAGGCGAGACGUCGCCCGUUCGGUUCCGCGCAACACCUGAGUUGUUCUGGGAGGCCUCGGAAUGCUGUCUGAUCCACGCGGACAUCCAAGACCCGCCGUCGAACGUGGAAGAGAUUGAAGACACGGGGAUCUACAUGAACCCUUAUGUGCGGGUGGCUUAUGACGCGCGCACGUUGUCCUGGCUGGGGACGACCCGUCGGUUCGAAAAGCUGUACAGCUUUAUCCAUACGAUAGCGAACCACCUGGUGGGACUGCCGUGGUUCAAUCCACGACGCACGGAAGUCCCUGGUCAACGAGGAGAAGAGCUUGUCUGGGUUCCGGAUCCAUCUGGAGAUGGAAGCGGAACAGUGCAGUUGGUCGAACGAAUUGCGGGCAAUGAUGGGUUUUGCGGACGAGAGGGACUCCAGCACCCCAACAAGAUGGACUGGUCCAAGAAGGUCAUGGGGAUUGUCCAGGCCGCGUUUGACUCUGUUCUGGAGAAGACUUCUUACCCCUUAGAAGAAAGUCGCCAUGCGCCCAAGACUGUGACUCCAAAGUACACCCAUCGUCGCGGCGACCUCAGAACUGGCCUCUCCUCUCGUCCUCUCUCUCACUUUUCUUCUCACGCUCAACUUCCCUCUCGUUCUUCUUCCCACUCUUCUUCUCCCACCCUGGUUCCUCCUCAUCACCCCCAACCCUCUUCCAUCUCGGACGUUCCUCACAUGUCUCUCACCUCCCCCAAAGAUCCCAACAUGCCUCCUGUCGUGAACAUCGACGACGCGGAGGGCUUCAUGGCGGCCGCCAGGGCUUUGAAGUUCCCCAAGACUGAAAAUAGCUACAUGAGUGCCGCCUCGACCGCUGUCGAUGACUCCUCCAGCGACCAGCAGCCCGAUGCCUCUGAGGAAGUCGACGAGUCUCCCACUGAUAACGUCCUCCCAGCGACUACCUACAACGAGAACGACGUCUCUGCCGCCGACGAGACCAACGGCUGGGGAGUCACUAACGAUGACGACGCUCAGUCCACCGCCACCCCAGCUGAGCCUCUCAUGUCUGUCAACGACACCAACGGGUCUCUGGCAGCUUUAGACUUCAAGAACGCCAUCUCCCUGGCCGCCGACGCGGGCGUGUACACCCCUGCCGACGUCGACAUCGAAAAGGACGACGAAGAAGAGGAGGACCGUGAGCACCUCACCACCUUCAAGACCUGGGGUACUCCAGACGUCCGCGACAAGCCUGGUACCGUCCUUCUCUUCCCUCUCUCUUCUCAAGCAAAAACACAAACUAACCCUCGUCCAGCCGCCCAGGUGCGACGCGUCAUUCUCAAGGGCCUCCCGUCUAGCUGGAGCACCCCUGCCAAAGUGCUGACCCUGAUCCACGGCGGCAUGGUUGAGAGCGUGUCCGUCACCGCGGCUGGCAACGCGCACGUCGUCUUCUGCGACGCCGACGCCUGCAAGGCUUUCUACAACAAGUACCCCAACGGCAUCGACCUGGACAAGGACCGCAAGAUGACCGUCUUCGUGGAGAUGGGCUCCGAGGUCGACAUCGUCAGCUCGCAGCUUGCCUUUAACCUCUCCGUGGGCGCUACCCGCGUCGUGCGCGCCGUCGGUGCUGAUCUCGGCCUGUCCAUGGUUCAGCUGCUGCAGGUGGCUUCUGUGCAGAGUCGUCGCGUGGAAAAGAUCAUUGACCAUUAUGUUCCUGGCGACGCGCGCCAUGUCAUCUUCCGCUUCUGCAGCAUCGAUGACGCCGUCCGCUUCCGUGCGGCCAUCAUCCGCGAUGAGCUCUGGGAGCAGUGCAAUGUGCAGUAUGCGGCUGAUCCGUUAGGUCUAGGGUUUGAUGCUGAGUGUAGCUCGUCGAUGGUAGUAUGGCAUGGCAUGGUUAUGGCUGUGGCUUAA